GCGGGAGUAGGGGGCGGGGCGGGGCGGGGCGGGGCGGGGCGAGGAAAUUGGGACGAGGGAGGGAGGCAGACGGAAGGCCGAAGCCGCGGGAGGACGAGCCGACGAACGUUGGGUGGAUGAUCGUGGGGAGCGGGGGGCGCUCCUUUUCCAUCCAAUAAAUCAAAGCAGGCGUGCCUGCACGAUAGCGAUCACGAGGAAAAAACGAAGAAGCAGCAACGAGGUGAGAAAGACUCCUCCUCGUCUGCUGCUCGCCUGAAGCGCUUUGUAGGUCGCCUUCUGUUUCAGAUCGGUCGCGCAAUCGAUCUGCAAGUGGAACCAAAUUGAGUGUCAGAUCGGACCAGCAGAGGGUGCAGAUCGAACUCACACGGGUGCAGCUGCAACCCUAGCAGCGAGUUGAGGAAGCUACAGAGAGCGAGCGAGCGAGAGCGAGGCAGGGAGGGAGGAGGAGCAGCAGCAGCGGGAGAUGUUGGAGGAAUUGAAGGUGUGAGCGGGCGAAUUGUAGUUGUAGAGCCGCAGGGAGGAAGAGGAACUGCAGAUAGGGAUAGUAGGUCGGAAGAUCGGACGCGAGAUCUGUUAUCGCAAGGGCCAAUUUGGAAAGCAGAUGAGGAGAUAGCAGUGCAAGAUGAUGCUGAGGAGCUGAACUCCAGCUGUUCAAAGUCAUAUGAGUUUUGAACGAAAUGGCGGAGGCGGGAGGGGGAUUUGUGACGCGCUCUUUUGAGCGCAUGCUCAAGGAUGCACCAGGGAAAAAGUACCAGAAUCUUCAGCAGGCUCUGAAAGCCUAUCUAGACCGUGAGAAAGUCGGGCCGAUUCAGCCGCCUCAGCCAGUGCAGACUCUCGCCCCAGUCCAAGAGGAUCAAACAGGAACUACUGCGACACCCGAUGUGGAAUCUCCUCCCCAAGAAAAUGGGGGUGGUUCUGCCGUCUCGGCUCCUAGCGGAGCUGAAAGUGAUGCCCCUGAAACUAAGCCAUCGCAAACCCAACGGAGGCCAAGUACAGGGGAAGGAGCUGCUGCAACUAUGGCCGAGGCAGGACACUCAUUGGAGGGAUCCGAGGCAGAUUUAGUGCUUCUGCCUUUGAGACUGGCAUUCGAAACGAAGCAACCCAAGCUUGUGGAAUCAGCACUCGAUUGUCUACAUAAACUUAUCAGCUACGGACAUUUAGAGGGUGAAGCCGGUUUGGAAGGCGGAAAGAAUGGGCUCACAGUCACUGAGAUUUUCAACAUGGUUUGUUCUGCUGCAGAUAAUACUGCUUCUGAUAGUGUUGUUUUGCAAGUCAUCAAAGUACUUUUGACUGCAGUGGCAUCACCAUCUUUUCAAGUCCAUGGUGAAUGUUUGCUCACCUCUAUACGGACGUGCUACAACAUCGUCGUGAGCAGCAAGAGCGUCGUCAAUCAAGCGACAGCAAAAGCCACACUUACACAGAUGAUCAACAUCGUGUUCAAAAGGAUGGAGUCUGAGACACAGACUCCGGCGAUCCCUUCAACCAGUGAGUCUUCUCAUCCUGAUGCUGAUUCUGAGAAAACCACAAGUCAGCCCGUUGAAGACAGUCAACAUGCAGAGAAAAGCGGCGAAGAGAAUACCUCCCCAGAGAAUCCAGUACCUGCUGUUUCGGUGGAGGAACUUCAACAUCUCGCAGGGGAUGCCGACAUAAAGGGUUUGGAGGCCGCUCUCGACAAGGCAGUCCAGUCUGAGGGCGGGGUUAAGACAAAUGAAGGUAUGGAUCUAGAGUCUUUAACUAUCGGUGAAAGGGAUGCUCUCCUUGUGUUUCGGACCCUUUGCAAGAUGUCCAUGAAAGAAGGCACGGAGGAAAUUAUCCCAAAAAUGAAGUUGUUGUCCCUUGAGCUGCUUCAGAGCUUGCUGGAAUCUGUGGGCCAUGCUUUUACCGUCAACUUUGCUUUCAUCGACUCUGUGAAAGCUUAUCUGUGUUAUGCUCUUCUCAGAGCAUGUGUCUCAGUAGAUGCAACUACCUAUCAGUUUGCAUGUGGCAUCUUCACCACAUUGUUGAUUCGUUUUAGGGAGAGCCUUAAGGGGGAGAUCGGGAUAUUUUUUCCUCUGAUCGUGUUGCGGUCUCUCGAUACGCCUGAUACUCCUGUGCAUCAGCGAAAUACAGUUCUCAAGAUGCUUGAAAGAAUCUGCAAGGAACCUCAGAUGCUAGCAGAUGUUUUUGUAAAUUACGAUUGUGACCUGGGAGCUACCAACUUGUUUGAGCGAAUGGUGAAUUCUUUGUCAAAGCUUGCACAAGGAACACCAACGCAAGAUCCGAACACGGUUGUUUUAGCUCAGAACAUUGCGCUGAAAGCUUCAUCACUACAGUGCCUCGUGAGUGUGCUGAAGUCACUCAUGGAGUAUACCGCAAAGCAUCAACAAACUCCUGCAGUUGCAGUUUCCGAAGUUUCAUUCACUGACGACCCAAGUCCAGGGGAGACUUCUUAUCCUGAUAAUACUGAAUCGGAUUGGAAGGAAGCAAAGGUUGAGACUCAAGCUGAUCAAGUUGAAAAGGCUAAAGAUUUCAAAUCGAAAAUGGAGGUCGCUAUAACCGAGUUCAAUCAAAAGCCCUCGAAAGGAGUUAACGUUCUCAUAGAAAAUAAGUUGGUCCCCCGGGAGCCGGCCGCUGUAGCUCAAUUUCUACGAACAACGCCGGGAUUGGACAAGACUAUGAUUGGGGACUACCUGGGCCAGCAUGAGGAGUUUCAGCUGAGUGUAAUGCAUGCAUACGUCGAUGAUAUGAAAUUUGUGAAUAUGAAGUUUGACCAGGCGAUUCGAGAGUUUCUAAAAGGAUUCCGACUUCCUGGAGAGGCACAAAAGAUUGACCGAAUUAUGGAGAAGUUUGCGGAGAGGUACUGUAGAGAUAAUCCAUCUCUAUUUACAAAUGCAGACACAGCAUAUAUUUUGGCCUACGCAGUCAUUAUGCUCAACACCGAUGCCCACAAUCCCAUGGUUUGGCCAAAAAUGUCUAAAGCUGACUUUGUUCGGAUAAAUUCAUCAGGUGACACAGAAGAACAUGCUUCUCAAGAAAUGUUAGAAGAGAUUUAUGACUCAAUAGUCAAGGAUGAGAUCAAGUUGAAGGAUGAGAACUCAACGUUGAGCAAGAGCCUCAAGCAAAAGCGAGACGAGGAAGAGAAAAAUCGUCUGAUCAACAUUCUCAAUCUGAACUUCGCCAAGUUCAAAGCUGCGACUGACACCAAAACGGAAAGUGAGGAGAUUGUGAAGCGCACACAGGCUUUAUUCAAAGGAGGUGUAAAGAGGAGUGUGUUUCAUAAGGCUAAUCACUUGGAAAUAGCACGUCCAAUGCUAGAGGCUGUGGGGUGGCCUCUUCUGGCUGCUUUCUCGGUCACCAUGGAAGACAGUGACAAUAAACCUCGGGUAAUCUUAUGUAUGGAGGGGUUCCGGAUGGGUAUACAUCUUACUAAAGUUCUCGGCAUGGAGACGAUGCGAUAUGCUUUUCUUACUUCUCUUGUCAGGUUCACCUUUUUACAUGCACCAAAGGAGAUGCGGAGCAAGAAUGUGGAAGCCUUGAGAACCUUACUGGCGUUGUGUCAAGCUGAACCAGAUGCUUUGCAAGACACGUGGAAUGCCGUUUUAGAAUGCGUAUCAAGACUGGAAUUUAUAACCACUUCUCCAAAUAUAACAGUCACUCUAAUGCUAGGCUCGAAUCAGAUUUCAAGAGAUGCUCUUCUUCAGUCUCUUGUAGAGCUUACAGGAAAACCAACAGAGCAGGUGUUUGUGAACAGCGUGAAACUACCCAGCGAAGCUAUUGUGGAAUUUUUCACAGCGUUGUGUGGUGUUUCUGCUGAAGAAUUGAAACAAGUGCCCGCACGAGUUUUUAGUUUGACAAAACUUGUGGAGAUCAGCUACUAUAACAUGGCCCGUAUUCGUAUGGUAUGGGCGAGGAUAUGGUCUGUAUUGUCUGUGCACUUCGUCGCGGCCGGUAGUCACCAAGAUGAGAAGAUUGCUAUGUAUGCCAUAGACUCAUUGAGACAGCUUGGGAUCAAGUAUCUUGAGCGGGCAGAGCUUGCGAAUUUUACGUUUCAAAAUGACAUUUUGAAACCUUUUGUUAUUCUUGUACGGAAUAGUAAGAGUGCUACGAUACGUGCUCUGAUAGUGGAUUGCAUUGUUCAGAUGAUCAAGUCCAAGGUCGGAAGCAUCAAAUCGGGUUGGAGAAGCGUUUUCAUGGUGUUUACCACAGCUGCACAUGAUGACACGGAAUCUAUUGCGGACAUUGCAUUCGAAAACGUUGAACAAGUUAUACUGGAGCACUUUGAUCAGGUAGUCGGAGAUUGCUUCAUGGAUUGUGUCAACUGCUUGAUUGCAUUUGCAAAUAACAAGUCGAGUCCCCGGACAAGCUUAAAAGCAAUCGCUCUUCUGCGAAUCUGUGAAGAUCGACUUGCUGAGGGCCAGAUUCCGGGCGGUAUCUCUCGACCAAUAGACGAAUCGGGGAAGGGAGACUUAGAAGUGGCUGAAUACUACUGGUUCCCUAUGCUUGCUGGUCUUUCUGACCUAACUUCUGAUCCACGGGUGGAGGUCCGGAACUGUGCUUUGGAGGUUCUUUUUGAUCUACUUAAGGAGAGAGGACACCAGUUUUCGGCUACGUUUUGGGAAAGUGUGUUCCAUCGUGUAUUGUUUCCAAUCUUUGAUUAUGUAAGGCAUGCCGGGAAGGAUGGAGAAAAACCUGCUGCUUCUUCAGAUCAAUGGCUGCGAGAGACUUGCAUUCAUUCUCUGCAGCUACUGUGCGAUUUGUUCUCUAGUUUUUACAAGGAGGUGUCCUUUUUGCUUCCAGCGUUAUUGGGAUUGUUGUUGGACUGCGCCACUCGGCCUGACCAAACGUUGGCCUCUAUAUCUGUCGGUGCUUUGGUGCGCCUCAUGGAAGUUGGAGGACAUCAAUUUGAUGACAAGGACUGGACUACACUUUUGGACAGCAUAAGAGAUGCUUGCUACACUACCCAGCCCGUCGAGCUGUUGAACCCGGAGAAUGUGCUUAGCUUUGGACUAGAUUACAGAUCUGGAUCGAAAAAGGUGGGCAAUAUCACUCCGACAUAUGGUUUCACCGGCGAACAGACUCCCACUGGAACACCUUCUGAGGCUGGCAUGUCUGACGGUGAAAGCUUGGACAAUCAAGAAAAUGGACAGUACUAUUCUGGGACGCCUAACAGCCAUAGCAAUGGUGACUUAGCUGGCAAGUUCAGUCGAAGAUCUCCUUUCGAAGAUGUUGAAGGACAUAGUUUAGGUCUUGAAGGUCCUGAAGCAACGCCACCUCCUGACACUCCGAAGGAGGCAAAAAGUCUUGUCGGAGGCUUUUUUGGUGGACAAGCAGGGAGAAAGUUCAUGGGCAAUUUCAUGGACACUCUGAUGCUGAAGAACCUACCCACAUUCAAGGGAAAGAAUAGAGCAACCGAUUCCCCAAAUUUAAACUCUUCUCCGCAGGUUACUGACGUUGAAGAUCAGGGGCUUACUGAUGGAGAGGAGGAAGGGCCCUUGCUCCACAGUGUGAGAUCCAAAUGUGUUAUCCAACUACUUUUGCUUGGAGCUCUGGAUAGUCUUCAGAAAAAGCAUUGGGAUCGACUGCAACCUUUACACCAAAUUGUUAUCAUGGAUAUUCUUCUUUCCAUGGUGGACUUCGCUGCUUCAUACGACUCCGAUGCCAACCUACGUUUGAGAAUGCAACAAGUUUCCGGCGACAGGCCGCCACCCAACUUAUUACGGCAGGAGGUGGAAGGUACUCAAUUGUAUUUAGCAGUUCUACAGAGGGCCUGUUCGAAAGUCUUGACACCCAACGACCAGGAAACAGAACUUGGCCAGAAAAGCGAGGAGGAGAAGCUUCACGAAGAAGCUGAACGCCGCCUUGUUACGUUUUACGGGCACAUUCUAAAGGAGGCAGCUAGCUUGCAACCGGGACCUGGUGAGGCUGUUCAAGCCGAUGCUCACCGAGCGUUGUCGUUGCGUUCUCCUGUGACCGUGAAGGUUUUGGAGUCAAUGAGCCAAAUGGAGAUGACAAUGUUCAAGAAGCACCUACCGGAGUUUUAUCCUUAUUUUACUAAGCUUAUCUGCAGCGAUCAGAUGGACGUCCGCAGGGCUUUGGGAAAUCUGUUCAAAGCUCGACUUGUGGUCCUCUUAGCGUAAAUCUCUUGUGUUUGCGAACUUGAAGAAUCUAGGCUGUGAAGGGGGUAUAUUCUUCUCAAUUCUGUUGUAGGCCAACCCCUUUGUAGAUACACACCAUCUGAGUUGAAAAUUGAUUUGUCUCAUGCACUUAGUUCCAAAGAGUACUAAAAAGUUUUGCUCCUACUACCAAAUUCUUAGUCCUAUUGGCACAGUCCUUCUGUACCUCGAGCUCUUGUUGAAUCCAGAAAUUUGACAUUAGGGAAUAAAGCAGUAAUUCUUCCGUCCCAUUCCCUCGUGCACGUGUUUGGCCUCAACUCAGCAAUUGGAUCCACGUGUCUUUGGCCACGUUACGUAUCUGUUCUCGACAUGGCGCGUCACAUACCUUUGCUCUCAGCCUUUUGUUUUGCAAUGCGAAAUAUACUUUCUGGCCGCUAUCUAUGUCAUGCACGUGAUUCUAGUCAACCACGUAUUUCCAGCAUUCGAAGUUUCCACACUGAUUCCGAGGCCAUUGGAUUCGGCCGUUUGUAUCUCUUCGACCCUGUUCCUUACUUGAAAAUAUCGUUACUCCAUCUACUCUAGUACGUCACGUCUCACUGCUCUCCUUGGAAAUCUCCAUAGUCAG